AUGGUAUCUGGGAAGGAAAUUAAUCAAACAGUCAUUCCUAAGGACAUCCUUGGACCCCCGAUGUACGAAAUGGAGGUGUCUGAACGCUUGAGUCAACCAGGAAUAGCAAUAGGCUUGGCUUGGACCCCCUUAGGUGGAGAAAUCAUGUUUGUGGAGGCUAGUCGAAUGGAGGGCGAGGGUCAGUUGACCCUAACCGGCCAGCUGGGGGCUGUCAUGAAGGAGUCUGCCCAUCUUGCCAUCAGCUGGCUGCGCAGCAACGCAAAGAAAUACCACCUGACCAACGCUUCUGGAAGUUUUGAUCUUUUUGACAACACAGACAUCCAUCUGUACUUCCCAGCUGGAGCUGUCACCAAGGACGGACCAUCUGCUGGAGUUACCAUAGUAACCUGCCUUACCUCACUUUUUAGUGGGCGACUGGUACGUUCAGAUGUCGCCAUGACUGGAGAAAUUACCCUGAGAGGCCUUGUCCUUCCGGUGGGUGGAAUCAAAGACAAGGUGCUGGCAGCACACAGAGCAGGACUAAAGCUAAUCAUCCUUCCUCAGAGGAACGAGAAAGACCUAGAAGAAAUCCCAAGCAAUGUACGGCAGGACUUGAGUUUCAUCACAGCAAGCUGCCUAGAUGAUGUCCUCAACGCUGCUUUUGACGGUGGCUUUUCUGUCAAGACCAGACCCGGUCUCAUCAAUAGCAAACUGUAGGCUCAGUCUCAGCAUUCUAGAAUUUUAAGAUAUGAAGUAACAAAAGGUACUGGCAAGGCUGAUUCUGUUCACAUCACCAGGGGUAAGCAUCCUGUCCCUGUUCAAUGACCAUAAUCACAGCAGCAAUGAGCCUUAAGUAGUAGCUAUUGUUUACUAGAGAAAUACAAGGUGUUAAUUUAAUAAAAGUUGAUUAUAAA